CACUAAGGGACUUUGUAUGACCCUCUGCGACCGACAUGGUCGCUUACUGUAAUCUUCAGCAAUCGGAAAAUUACACUAAACGACCCUGUUAGGUUGCAUAAGAUGGCUUAUUUGCAAGUCGUCUUCAACCUCGAACUAAACCGAUUUUCACACUGAAUUUUUAUUUUUUUUGCAAAUUUUUUUAAAUUUAUGCUUAGUAUAGUUAUAUAAUCAAAUAAAAUGAAUGCCCAAUUAUUAAAUAUGAUUUUGAAGUUGAUUACUAAACUUUACAAUUAUUGGACGAAAAUGCCUCUUCUUCUUCAAUGGUUUUUUUUUAGUAAAUGUUUAUCGGAAUUUGUAAGUGUAGAUGCAAAGAUGAGUGAUAUCUUAAGAGUCCAAGAAAAAUGUGUAUAUCAUUGAAGAAGAUAGUUGAGUAGGGUUGAAGAGAAAGUGGGGAGCAAUUAAGGAGAGGAACGCUUUAAGAGAGAACGGUACUGGUAGCAAAAGUGGCAUCAGAGGGAAGACAAAAUGUCGAAGCUGUUCUCGAGGGUUGCUGGGUUCUUCAGCAACAGGACUAAGAUGGGCGUGGACAAAGCUGGAAAUCGAUACUUCGCUAGAAAAGAGGAGAUUGAUGGUGUCUUGAAGGAGAAAAGAUGGGUGAUAUUUAAGGGUGAAGAUGAUCCAACUUCCAUUCCAGUUGAAUGGAUAUGUUGGCUGAACGGGCAGCGCAAGAAAGCUCCAACGUCAGAGGAAAUGGAAGAGAUGGAAGCAAGGCGUGAAUGUGUGCGUCUGAAUGUUGCUCUUAUGAAGAAAGAAGAAGAGGGAAGGAAACUAAAAGAAGGCAGUACACGCAAAGGCACCAGCAUUGGUAAAGCAGCGGGUCCAGACUUUAGUAGUUUCAUUCGGCAAUUUCCAGCUUCAUCGGAAGGUGUCAAAGUUGAGGAACAAACUGACAUAAAGGAAGGAGUAAGGAGUGGCAACAAUAGAGAGACAAAUACAUCAAGAUCAGUUCCAGAGUCUUCGGAGCCAUCAGGAUCUGGGCAAACAUACCGGCCAGGGACAUGGCAGCCACCAACAUGAACUUUAUGAUCAGGUGCUCCCGAAUACCCACAGUUGGUUUGCUAGUGAAGCUUCUUGGAGUAGCUGUGUUUUGGCACAAAUACAACACAGUUUUCUUCUGCUUCUAUUGCCCAGGGAAAGCAAAAACAUUAUUUAUUCAUCCGAAAGAAAAUGAUAUCCCAGUUAUGGCGAAUUUAUUGAUUUCAUAUGCAUGCAAAGUUGCCCUGAAGGGGACAGAGUAUUAGGUCGAAUGGUCAAAGCACUUGAUUUACUUUACACCUAACAAUUUGUUCUGGGUUCUUUUUUUCCCAAAGAUUGUAGUGUUCAUCACAUACAAAUAAUAAUAAUAAAAUAUGUAUGCACAGCACAUUAGUUUCUACAA